UAAAUUGAAAUGUGAUUCAUCAGAGCGGUCCAGGGAAGGGGCUUGGGGAGUUUCUGGUCCAAGCCCUUAGUCCAGAUGUGGAGACUGAGGCAGGAGAGGCAGGCCUGGGGCAGCAGGGAGAAAAGCAUCCCCACUUUGUUUCCAGUCCUGCGCAGCCCAGCCUCCCUGGAGCCUCCCAACACGACCGCCCCUGAGCCCCCCAACACGACCGCCCCGGAGCCCCCCCACACGACCUUCUCAGAGGCCCCUGACACGACCUCCCCGGAGCCCCCCGACACGACCUCCCAGGAGACCGUCCCCCAGCAGGGCCCCACACACAGCCCCAGGAGCCCAGCCUCCACCAGGACCUGCCGCCCUGCGGUCUCCCAGGCUGCGCCCACACAGGAAGAAGUGAUCCCGACAAGCUCCUCCAACCCUGCGAGUGACCAGCUGUCCACGGCUCUGUGGAUCGGCAGCGCGGUGCUGGGGCUGCUGCUCCUGGCCUUGCCCACCUAUCGCCUCUGGAAACGCUGCCGGCACCUGGCUGAGGAUGGAGCCCACCCACCAGCAUCACUGAGGCUCCUGCCCCAGGUGUCAGCCUGGGCUGGGUUAAGGGGGACAGACCAAGUUGGGAGCAGCCCCUCCUGAGUGGCCAGCCCUUCCCCCGCGAAAGGAAACUCGCCCUUUCAAGCUGGAAACUGCUCAGGGAAAACUGUUAGAUUCAAAGUCGUCCCUCCCUCUGCGACGGAUGUGAAUUCUGAUUGCCCCCUUCGCAGAGGCUCGUUGGUAACUCAUAAGAAAGCAACCGUCUGUCUCCCCUACCUGUGACCUGGAAGCCCCUCCCUGUUCGCGUGGUCUCCGCCUUUCCAGACGGGACCUACCUACUUCUCUGUACACACAUUGAUGCCUUUUGUUUCAAGCUGUGCCCAACAGCCCUGGGCACCUGUGGGCAGGAUUGCCUGAGGCUGUGUCAUGGGUGCGAAAAUACACCUUAACUCUGGCAAAUACACCUCCUAAAAUGAC